GUUCUUCGUUUGUAAUAGGGGCGGGAUGGGCGCGACAGAGCGAUGGAUGGCGCAAAAGAGAUAUUCCAGAUGGCUACGCGUGAGCCUCCAAGUAGACAGUGAGACGGGACGCUGCAAGUUUGUCUCUUAUAUAUCCAAUGCGCGCCCUUUACAGUGGCUGACUUACAAACCAUGCAACUUUGCGAAUGGGAGGAGGGAAAUAUCAUCAAUGAUCGCUCGAGCUUUUGAGCUCGGCGUCAUGGUUAGCUGCCGUGUCACUUCACAGCGAGCUGUGCAUACCGGAGUCCUCACUGUUGUUUGAGGUAUCAAGGUUCAAGCAUCCCCAUCAGGAAUGGCUGCUCGUGUCAAUUCUUCUUAAGGCUGAGAGGAGAAGGACUUGGUUUCAAGCAGCGACUUCCAUCGUUCAAUGUUGUGAGGCUCUUCCUCCUCCUUUCAAGGAUGAGCAACUCCAAGCAAGCACAGGUGAUAUACUAUCUGUGCAGGAAGGGGUCUUUGGAGCAGCCACACUUGAUAGAUGUUGGAUUCACGCAAGAGAAUGAGCUGCUUCUCAGCGAUGUGAAGCGAAGUCUUGUUGCUAUCCGCGGUAGGGGCAUGCCGGAUUUGUUCUCUUGGUCCUACAAAACGAAGUACAAGAAUGACUUCAUCUGGCACGAUGUCUCCGAUAAUGAUGUGGUUCUUCCUAUGAACGAUGCCGACUACAUUUUGAAAGGAUCUGAGAUUGUUGAUGGAGAAUGCGAGCAUUGUCCACAUGACUCUGAUAGCGAGAUUCAGUGCAAACUAAUGCUCAAAGAACACGCCUGUCUCGCCAAGUCUCCUGUUCAUCGAGCCUUUCCUUUGGAAGAAUGUGUUAUCCAGACCACAAAUCAUCCUACAGCCGACACCAGUGCCAGGAACAGCAACGAGCUCAAGCUGUGCAAGCAGAGGUCAAAUUUGGAUCAUGGUAACAGUAUUACAACUCAAACAGAUGACGAAGAACUCCCAGUCCGAGCUCCAAAGCACGAAUGCUGCCAAUGCCGAGGAGAGAAACCUCUUCCAAAUCCACCACCGCUUGUUUCAAGUAAGGAAGUACCUCCUGCGAGCUGUGCCGACAAGACCCCUCAACGAAAAGCAAUCACUGUUUUUGGAGGGAUUGAGUCGGGCUUUAAGGACGACAGUGGAAGAACAAAAAAGGUCGGUGGAUCGUCGCUUAUAUUCAGGCAAAUGCUCCCCUGUGCCGACAUUGGGACCAGAGCUCAGCAAAAUGGGUUUACCGGGCAGAAGCAGGAUUUAGCUGCUGUUUCCAAGGAGAAUGGGAGCUGGAAGCAAAGCUGUAAAGUCUGGAAGAAGAAUGGAGGACGCUUGUCUCCACUUUUGGACAGGGGAACAAAGAUAGUGUCGGACGGUCGGCACAGCUAUGACUCCAAGCAACACUCUCUUCUUCCCGGCACACCGACAAGCAAGUAUCAAGAUUUCCAGAGCCAGCGCUACAGCACGCUUACUCGGUAUAGACCUCGGCAUUCUUUUUCUAACAGUGACUACUUUGAUUCUUACGACUUGUUUACGAGGCCCGAGAAAGUUAAGGAGGUGGACGCGAGACCAUCCAACGCAUCCAGGAUCAGCCUCGAGUCGCUCUACGAGGUUGAUUGCAAGGCCAAGACUUUCGACUGUGUUGUGGAUCAGCAAGCGAGAGGAUCUCCGGCCGCUGGGAAAUGCGGCGACGACAACUCCAUCCCGUCGGUUGGCAACCAUAUCAUCUCGAAGCUCGUCCUGGAGGCCAAAGCCAACGAGGAGAAGGAUAAAGUCUGGUGGGAGGGGAUUCGAUCCACGCCGAGAAGAGAGAACAGGGCCAACGACGAAAGGAUGCGUAAGAACAAACUCGAUUGGGAAAAGAACUUACAGGACGCAGUGAACAUGAUCAUACGACCUCCACAAUAACAGUGAUAGGUGACCAUCCUCCUCUCUUUUUUCCUUCUUCCACUCCAUUCCAAAAGCUCUCGCUUCGUUUUGGUUUUGAUACGUCUGGGUUCCCCUCUAGCACUCUAGAAGCUGAACUGGCAAUUGAAAAUACAGAUGUUGGCUUCUAGACUGCUAGAGGAGCAUCAGCGAGAACAAAAAAAUAGCUUACUAGUUUAAUGUAUGAUCUUCUAUACAAUUGAAUCGUGCAAGAAGAACAAGACACGUAA